CUCCAUGUGACGUCAUCAGGCUGCGCCCCUGCGAUAACGUCUCAGCGGUCUGCAGCUGACAGAACGUCGCGUCCACCAUGACGACUGGAGCCGACGUCAGGGAUAUUUUGGAGCUGGGGGGUGUGGAGCAGGAGACCCCUGGAAUAAUCAGCAAGAAGGACAUUAUAAAUGCAGACAAGAAAAAGUCCAAGAAAUCUUCUGAGACCCUGACGUUCAAGAGGCCGGAGGGGAUGCACCGCGAGGUGUACGCUCUGCUGUACUCCGACAAAAAGGAUGCCCCUCCAUUACUACCCAGCGACACGACACAAGGAUACCGCACGGUAAAGGCAAAGCUGGGCUGUAAGAAAGUGCGACCGUGGAAAUGGAUGCCCUUUACAAACCCAGCCAGGAAGGACGGCGCCAUUUUCUACCACUGGAGACGGGCUUCAGAGGAGGGGAAGGACUAUCCAUUUGCCAGGUUUAAUAAAGCGGUGCAGGUCCCCGUGUACUCCGAGCAGGAAUAUCAGCUGUAUCUGCACGACGACGGCUGGACCAAGGCCGAGACUGACCACCUGUUUGACCUCUGCCGGCGCUUCGACCUGCGCUUCAUUGUCGUUCACGAUCGCUACGACCACCAGCAGUUCAAGAAAAGGUCAACAGAAGAUCUGAAGGACCGUUACUACGCCAUCUGUGCCAAGCUGGCAAACAUCCGCGCCACCCCGGGAACAGACCUGAAGAUCCCAGUGUUUGAUGCCGCUCAUGAGAGAAGGAGAAAGGAGCAGCUGGAGAGGCUUUAUAACAGGACCCCGGAGCAGGUUUCGGAGGAGGAAUAUCUUAUCCAAGAGCUGCGGAAGAUUGAGAGCAGGAAGAAGGAACGGGAGAAAAAAGCCCAGGACCUCCAAAAGCUCAUCACUGCCGCCGACACCACCACCGAACUGCGGCGGGCUGAGAGGAAAGCCACCAAGAAGAAGCUGCCUCAGAAGAAGGAGACCGAGAAGCCUGCUGUCCCCGAAACGGCUGGCAUCAGGUUUCCAGACUUCAAAUCGGCAGGAGUGACGCUGCGCAGCCAAAGGAUGAAACUCCCCAGCUCAGUCGGACAGAAGAAGAUUAAAGCUCUGGAUCAGAUGCUAUCGGAACUCGGAGUAGAUUUGAACCCGAUGCCGACCGAGGACAUUGUGCAGAUGUUUAAUGAGCUGCGCAGCGAUCUGGUCCUGCUCUAUGAGCUCAAACAAGCCUUCUCCAACUGCGAGUACGAGCUGCAGAUGCUUCGCCAUCGCUUCGAGGCCUUGUCCAAAACCGGAACCGCCAUCACAGCCGCGCCUGUGGAGAGCUCCAGCGGGGAGACCCAGGCUCCUGCCAGCACAGAGGAGAUCAAACUGGAGCUGAAGGACCCCAUCAUAGACGUGGUGGGAGCACCGCUGACCCCCAACUCGCGGAAGAGACGAGAAUCCGCCUCAAGUUCAUCGUCCGUGAAGAAGAUGAAGAAGCCUUGAGGUUCUUGGCACAGUGACCAGUGAGAACGCCUGGCUCGGCUUCAGUGCCUUCCGGUGACGCCGAAAGGAGCCGCUGACAUUCUGCAGCUUUUAAUUUAUGUAAAUAUUGUUUUAUGUUUGCAAUUAGAGAAUUAGAUAGUGAGACAGAGCGGGCGUGACCCCCAGCACAUGGACUCUAUUGUGAGCGCGGAGCCGGGGCCGCUGGGACUUGGCACCUUUUCAACUGUUAAAAGGUGCAGAAGGAACUUGGGGAAACUCUUUGUGCCCCAGAAGUCAGAGCUCACCCCCCACAGGUCGUGGCCUUUACCUCCAUGACAAGUAUUUUCCCACGAUAGCGAUGAGAUGUCAGACUCCUCCCACUAAUGGCCCCUCCCCUACACAGGUGCAAAUAGAUAGUUUUAUGAUGAUUAGGCUCCACCCAGGAAGGAAAAUAGAAAAUGGCGACUGGAAAUGAUGCAUCUUGGGAGAUGAAUAAAAUAAGAAGUAAUC